GUGUAAUGAAGCACUUCCUUUUCCGGCUGGAUGUUAACAUGCUGAUGAAAUAGAUUACUAAGCUUCGGAUAUUUAGUCCAUCUAUUUUAUCUUAUUUUUGGAUAUACGCACUUGGAUUUGCGUCAGCAAGUAGAGGAUUACAAGUAACUUCAAUUUACGAAUUUACAGCACAUUGCAGGUUCAAGAUGCCCGGGCUCAGUUGUAGAUUUUACCAGCACCGAUUUCCGGAGGUGGAAGAUGUAGUUAUGGUUAAUGUAAGGUCGAUCGCAGAGAUGGGCGCAUAUGUGAGUCUAUUAGAGUACAACAACAUCGAGGGUAUGAUCCUGCUCAGCGAGCUCUCCAGACGACGAAUCCGAUCCAUCAACAAACUCAUCCGUAUCGGACGCAAUGAAUGUGUGGUGGUCAUUCGUGUGGAUAAAGAGAAAGGUUACAUUGAUUUAUCCAAACGAAGAGUGUCACCCGAAGAGGCCAUUAAAUGCGAAGACAAGUUCACGAAAUCCAAAACUGUUUACAGCAUUUUGAGGCAUGUAGCUGAAGUUUUGGAGUACACUAAAGAUGAACAGCUGGAGAGUCUGUACCAGCGUGCGGCGUGGGUGUUUGAUGAAAAAUACAAGCGACCUGGAUACGGAGCGUACGAUAUCUUUAAGCAGGCUGUGUCAGACACAUCCAUUUUAGAUGACCUGGAUUUGACAGAAGAGGAAAGGGCCGUUUUGAUUGAUAACAUCAACAGACGCCUCACUCCCCAAGCUGUCAAAAUAAGAGCAGACAUUGAGGUGGCUUGCUAUGGCUAUGAAGGCAUUGAUGCAGUCAAAGAGGCUUUGCGGGCUGGACUGGCAUGUUCAACAGAGGCCAUGCCAAUCAAGAUCAACUUGAUUGCCCCUCCUCGCUAUGUUAUGACCACAACCACACUAGAGCGCACAGAGGGUCUCUCUAUUCUCAAUCAGGCCAUGGCUGCUAUUAAAGAAAGGAUUGAGGAGAAAAGAGGUGUCUUCAACAUUCAGAUGGAGGCUAAAGUCGUAACGGACACGGAUGAGACAGAACUGGCUCGGCAGCUGGAGCGUUUGGAAAGGGAGAAUGCAGAGGUUGAUGGAGAUGAUGAUGCAGAAGAGAUGGAGGCCAAGGCUGAUGACUAACUGAAGAAAGAAUUAACCAGUAUUGCCAUAAUCAUUCAAGGGACUUGCAUUAUAUUGUUAAUCAUACUGCAAAGACUGAAAAAGCAUAGUUGAACAGCACCGCUUCUUUGAGACCCAUGAAGGUGGGCCGAAAAUGAGAACAUUUAUGUUCUGCUGUGGCUGACAGUGGAGGAAAAUUACAUUCACGAACGUUUGCUUAGGUUUUGGAAGGCCUUUUUUUUCAUAGGAAGUAGAGUUUUAAGUUUAUUAAUAAUGCAAUUACUAUUUCACAAUUAUGGUUAAGUGACCUUUCUGUCAUCCAGCCUCAUUCAGGAGAGAUAUUCAGUUUGUGGUCGGCAGCCUCAAACAUUUGAAAAACAUUAAAACAACCAACCAGUUCACUUCUCUUUAUUGAAAAUGUAUGGUGUGGAUGCAGAAUAAAUAAAAAUAAGCAGUCUUUUCAGAAA